CAGCUCUGAACCAUGCUCUGGUUACAGUGUUCUUGUUGACGUAUGGAGAGACUUGCACAAUAACUAUCAAUAUUAUUACAAUGAUGACAGAUUUGUUGAAUGGAGUGGUUGGUAUCGGCUGUAUUUGAAUGGAGAAAGUGCUCUGCUGUCUGAGUGGUGCGUGAGUUUCACAGGAUGUGGUGGUCAAGUUGGACUUUAUCUCAAUGGCACUCAUCCAAAACCUGAGGAUGGGGUGGUGACCCGUGAAGUCUUGGGGUCAUCAACUUGGGCGGGGUGGUGGUGGCGGUGGAACAACCACCAGUGUGGCAGUUAUAAAUCCACCUCCAUUCAAGUCAAAGCCUGUCCAGGAGAUUACUACGUCUAUAAACUCGUCAAACCUGACAUGUCAAUCCCUUCUCCUACAUACUGUGCAGUUACUUUCAACAACAUCAAUAAUGAUCCUUGUUAUAACUAUGAAACUCUGGAUCGUCCCUGGAGAGCUUCAAAUGAAACUGGAUUUGUAAUUUGUGAUGAAAACUUCUCCUGGAACGGCUGGUAUCGACUUUUUUACAAUGGAACGAACAUCCGAAUGCAAGACAGCUGUGUUUCUGAUGGCAGCUGUAACACAUAUAGCGGUCUGUGGCUCAAUGGUCCUCAUCCUCAGAUAGAAGAUGGAGUGGUGACCAUAGAGGUGUGUGGAGGCAGCCAAUAUGGCUGCUGUGAUUUCAAAUCAACACCCAUCCGAGUCAAAGCCUGCCCAGGCGAUUACUAUGUUUAUGAACUUGUCAAGCCACAUUCAUUUUGGUGUUCAGGAUACUGCACAGACACCAGCACUAUAUCAACAACCUUUUCCUCUACAAGCCCAGCUACAUUUAUUGGGUCCAGCAUGACUGCUAUUAACACAGAUUUUGACCCAUGCAAUGACUACAACAUUCUUGACAACUCAUGGAGAAGCACACUCAAUUUCUGGUAUCAAUAUGGACAUGAUGACACGCGUGUUGAAUGGCAUGGCUGGUAUCGACUCUUUAUUAAUGGAUUGAGUGCUCAGAUGCCUGAGUGGUGUUUCAGUUAUAUAUCAUGUGGAGGUUUUAGUUCUCUGUGGCUUGAUGGCCCUCAUCCUCAGCCAGAAGAUGGAGUUGUUACUCGGGAAGUCUACGGUUCUUAUUACGACCAGUGCAGUUACUACAGAUCUGACUCAAUCCAAGUCAAAGCCUGUCCUGGAAAUUAUUAUGUCUACAAAAUUAAAAGGCCAAAGGUAUUGAUCCCAGCCCCUGUAUAUUGUGCAGUUACUUUCACCACCCCGAGUGCUGACCCUUGCUUCAACUAUAACAGUCUAGACGAUCCCCGGAGAGCCACCAUCAGCCCACAAUAUGAUAAAUAUUAUUACUAUCAAAUAUGUGAUUAUAAUUUCAACUGGAACGGCUGGUACAGGCUCUUCUACAAUGGUCAGAGUGUCCAGAUGCCAGAUUCAUGUGUUGGUUAUGGCAUGUGUGGCACUCCUUCCCCACUGUGGCUCAACGGCCCUCACCCACAGCUGGAAGAUGGAGUGGUCACACGGCAAGUGUGUGGUUCAACAUGGAAUGACUGCUGUGGUUACAAAUCUCAUCCAAUACAAGUCAAAGCUUGUCCAGGAGACUAUUAUGUGUAUGAAUUUGUCAGGCCAACAUUCUGCUCAGCUUAUUGUGCAGAAAUUAUCAUCGCAAACACAAGCUCAAAUAUCUCAGGACCAUUUUAUCAAUUUGGAGCUGGAGACACAGAGAAUGAUCGUUCUGAUGAUGGGAGUUCACCAGUGAUCUACCUUUUGCAACCGUUUAAAUUUUUUGGACAGAUAUACAACCAACUAUAUGUCAACAACAAUGGAUACUUGACAUUUGAUUGGUCAUGGUACAGCUACUAUCCAUACCAGUUCCCAGGUUAUAGUGAUAUAGACCUCAUCGCUCCAUUCUGGACAGAUGUUGAUAACCGGGGCAAUGGUGUUAUUUCAUAUCGUCAGUACACGUCUGGCAGUGUCCUUACAGAUGCCACACAAGACAUUAACCAAUACUUCCCUGACCUGAGCUUUUCUGCUACUUGGGUCUUUGUAGCAACAUGGGACAGAGUUGCAUAUUAUUCAUAUUCAGGAACCGAAACAUCUUUCCAGGUGGUUUUGAUUUCAGAUGGCCAUUUCUCUUUUGUUUUGUUUAAUUAUGGAACAAUCGCUCCAACUCAUAGAUAUGUACAGGUGUGCACCUACAUGACUAGUUGAAACUAUUCCAAUUUACUAACUGAAAUAGAAAUGAAAACAUUUACUUUUGUUCACUUAUUGUAGGCUGGUUAUGACACCAUCAGCUCUGCAUACCACUUUUCAAUUACUGAAUCACUACAGCAUAACAUCACAAACUUGACAUACAGCAGCAAUGUCAAUGUGCCAGGCAGAUGGGUCUUCAGAACAGACCAAGGGUCACGAGGUUGUCAGUUUAAUGGUGUUCCAGUGCAGCUCGGAGACUCUUUCUGGAGCGAUGCAAACUGCCAGCAGAGAUGCACCUGCACCAGAAGCGGCCUCCAGUGUACCAAUGAGCCCUGCAGUUACUCCCAAGCCUGUCGUCCAGCAGCCUUCCAAUACUCUUGCCAGACCAUUCCUCGGCAAACCUGUACCAUCUCUGGUGAUCCUCACUACUACACUUUUGACUAUCAGGUUUUUCACUUUCAAGGGACCUGCACUUAUGUUCUAUCUGAGUCUUGUGGCAACAGUUUGCCAUACUAUCGCAUUGAGGGCAAAAAUGAGCAUCGGGGCAGCACGCAUGUGUCAUGGACACGAAUGGUCAGGGUGUUUGUCUACGAUGAAGUAAUUGAACUGGUCAAGGAUCACUAUUAUGAAGCAAGGGUUAAUGGAAGCUUUACAGCAACACCAUUCACCCUUCACAAUGGCUCCAUCCAGGUUUAUCAGUCAGGUUUUUCCGUGGCCAUCAGCACAGACUUUGGUCUACUUGUUACAUAUAAUGCAUACAGCUACGUUAGCAUCUCUGUACCUUAUGACUAUUUUACUUUCACCUGCGGACUGUGUGGAAACUUUAAUUUGCAUCCUGAAGAUGAUUUCCGUUCACCCAGUGGUGAAGUCUUGAGCUCAGAUGUGGACUUUGCCAAUAGUUGGAAAGUAGACAGUGACACAGAUCCUGAGUGUCAUAAUGUCAGGUGCACAGGUCUUGCUUGUGCUGUUUGUACCUCAGAUGAAAUGGCUUUAUACAGUGACAGCAACCACUGUGGAAUCCUGGAAGAUGUUUCUGGCCCUUUUGCCAAUUGCCACUCUGUGCAUGCGCCACAGACCUACAAAGAGAACUGUGUGUAUGACCUUUGCUUGGGAGGAGGGUACCAGCCCAUUCUGUGCCAGGCUCUCAAUGUGUACGCUACUCAGUGCCAACAGCAGGGUGUACAACUUGGUCAAUGGAGACAGCGGGGCUUCUGUGAAAUUCAAUGCCCUGAACACAGUCAUUUUGAGCCUCAAGGAACAGGCUGUCCUGCGACUUGCAGUUAUCCAUCUGCCCCAAUGAAUUGUCCCUUGCCCAGUCAGGAAAGCUGUAUCUGUGAUCCUGGGUACAUCCUGAGUGCUGGAGCGUGUGUGCCUGAAGCAAACUGUGGCUGCAGUUUUGAGGGUUUCUAUUACACAGAAGGACAGUCAGUGGUGUUGGAUGGUGACUGUGGGAGACAGUGUGUGUGCAGCAGCAUGUCGAUGACCUGCCAUCAGCACCAGUGUGGUCCAGCAGAGGUGUGUAGAGUCCAUGAUGGUGUGAGAGGCUGCAGACCCACCGGCUAUGCUACCUGCUCAGUUGAAGACCUCGGGUCAUAUCACACCUUCGAUGGACUAAGUUUCAGAUAUCAGGGAGCUUGUGGACUGACCCUUGCUAGGGUUAUGGGACCGUCCCUGCAACCACACUUUGCAUUGACGGUGGAGAAAGUACCCAGAGGCCUUCAAGACUUUUCCAGGUUCCUGAAGUUUGAGGCGGAAGGAAUUCAGGUCUCCAUCGAAAUGGGAGAGGGCAGCAAUGUAAAGGUGGAUGGACAGAUGGUUGGUCUGCCUGUCAGUGUCGGCUCUGGUCGAAUCCACAUUUAUCACAGCAGUGUGAGGGGUUUUGUCUUGGAAACAAACUUUGGGGUGACUGUCAGAGCCGACUGGCCACACAUUGUCCGAAUUACGGCACCAAGCACAUAUAGUGGUACACUUGGAGGUCUGUGUGGGAACUUCAAUGGAGACAUUGCCGAUGAGUUUUACACUCCAGAUGCAGUCCUGUUAAAUGACACUCAGCUGUUUGCGGACAGCUGGCGUGAUGGUUCCCUAUCAGCCCACUGUGAAGACCCAAAUGACAGCUGGGAACCAGGACAUUAUCAGAACAGCAGUCAGUUCAUUGAACAUUGUAGUAUCAUGACUAAGUAUGAUGGACCAUUUGCUGAGUGCAGCAGAGCAAUAGAUCCUCAGCAACGCAUUGCAGAUUGUGUUCAGCUGCUGGAGCAGACACAAGGUGCCAGAGAGGCUCUAUGUGAGGCCCUGCGAGGUUACAUGCUACUUUGCCAACAGAAUGGCAUUGCAGUCGAAGAGUGGAGGAGUGCCACCCACUGUGAUCCAAGCUGUCCAGCUGAUACUCAUUAUGAAGUAUGUGGCACAUCCUGUCCUGCUUCCUGUCCCAGCCUCUCCUUCCCAUUUCAGUGCACAUUGCAGUGCCAGGAGGGAUGCCAGUGUAAUGAUGGUAAUGUGUUGAAUGGAGAUCGUUGUGUGCCUCCCGUGGGUUGUGGUUGCCUCCACUCUGGGCGUUAUCGGCAGGCUGGAGAGACGUUCUGGCAUGGUGAAGAGUGCCAGUACUUGUGUGUUUGUGAUGGAAUCACUGGAAAUGUUCAUUGCACACAAUCUUCUUGCAGUGAGGGGGAGGUCUGCCAUGUGUUGGAUGGCGAGUACGGCUGCCAUCCUCAGCCGCAUGCUCGUUGCUCUGCUUCAGGAGACCCCCACUACAUGUCUUUUGAUGGCACCUACUUUGACUUCCAGGGCACAUGCCGCUAUGUGCUAGCCACAGUAUGUAAUGACACUACUGGCCUUCCGCACUUCCAGGUGGAUGCAAGGAAUGAGGCAUGGCAUGGACUCUCAGUAGCAAUUACUGUAGAAGUUUUUGUCAAUGUCUCUGGGCAUCUUGUGCACAUGUCACAAGACAUGAAUGGUCAUUCUACUGUUGAGGUUGAUGGAGAGACCAGAAACCUCCCAAUCCUGCUUGACUCUGGACGGGUGUCUGUGUACUCCAGUGCACAGUACAUAUUUGUAUCAACUAACUUUGGUUUGAGCGUGAGUUAUGGUGGUUCAUGGACAUUGAACAUCAUCAUACCAGCGAACUACAGUGGGGUUACGUGUGGCAUCUGUGGCAACUUCAACGGCCAGAGUAAUGAUGACUUCAUGACUCCUUCAGGUGCUCUGGUGCGCUCAGCAGACCAGUUUGGAGCAAGUUGGAAGGUCGAGGACGAGCUGCCAUGCAAUGAUGGGUGUGGAAACAAUUGUCCUUUGUGCCAGGAUCAGACAACUGCCCGUUCUGUGUGUGACAUCAUCAGGUCCAGUCAAGGCCCCUUUAGUUUCUGCCAUGUUUCUGUAGAUCCCCAAGCCUACUUUGAAGACUGUGUGUUCGAUGUGUGUCUUUCUGGAAACCGUAAUGAUGUCCUGUGUCGCUCAAUCCAAACCUAUGCAAUUGCCUGUCAAUCUAACAAUGUCGUUAUAUAUCCCUGGAGAGAAAUCGCAUCAUGUGUCAUAACCUGCCCAGAGAACAGCCACUAUGAGUUGUGUGGCACAGACUGUGGUCAUACUUGCUCCAGCAACAUUGAUGCUAGUUGUGAACACACAUGCUCAGAGGGAUGCUUCUGUGAUGAUGGGUUGGUGAGGAGUGGAGGACUCUGUGUAUCAGUGGAGCAAUGUGGCUGCUUGUAUGAUGGAUUUUACUUUAAUGUUGGUGAGCAAUUCUGGAAUCUAGAAUGUUCCCAACACUGUGAGUGUUUUGCUCCAAAUGAUCUGCGCUGCUCUGCUUCCUACUGCCAACCUACUAUGUUGUGUAUGGUCAGAAAUGGACGCCGUGACUGCUACGAAGAGAGUACCACAUACAUGACCACCACCAUAUUAAGCCGUUCCUCAGAGCAGAGUACCGUUAACAUGACCACCAACAGACCAAUCCCCCCAGCGGUGUUUUAUCCAUUUGGAGCUGGAGACAUAGAGAAUUAUCAUUCUGAUGAUGGAAGUUCAUCUGUGAUCUACCUUCUGCAACAAUUCAUAUUUUUUGGACAAACAUAUAGUCAAAUAUAUGUCAACAACAAUGGACACUUGACUUUUGAUGGAUCAUUUUCCAGCUACACUCCAUAUCAGUUCCCAGGUUAUGGUGGAAUUGACCUCAUCGCUCCAUUCUGGACAGAUAUUGAUAACCGGGGCAAUGGUGUUAUUUCAUAUCGUCAGUACACGUCUGGCAGCGUCCUUACAGAUGCCACACAAGACAUUAACCAAUACUUCCCUGACCUGAGCUUUUCUGCAACUUGGGUCUUUGUAGCAACAUGGGACAGAGUUGCAUAUUAUCCAUAUUCAGGAACAGAAACAUCUUUCCAAGUGGUUUUGAUUUCCGAUGGCCAUUACACAUUUAUUUUGAUGAAUUAUGGAACAAUUGCUCCAAAACGUUAUGUACAGGCUGGUUAUGACACCAUCAACUCCAGAUACCAUUUCUCAAUUCCUGGAUCAUUCUCGGAUUACAUCACAAACUUGACAUACAGCAGCAAUGUCAAUGUUCCAGGCAGAUGGGCUCUUAGGACAGAUCAUGGAUCACGGGGUUGUCAGUUUAAUGGUGUUCCAGUGCAGCUCGGAGACUCUUUCUGGAGCGAUGCAAACUGCCAGCAGAGAUGCACCUGCACCAGAAGCGGCCUCCAGUGUACCAAUGAGCCCUGCAGUUACUCCCAAGCCUGUCGUCCAGCAGCCUUCCAAUACUCUUGCCAGACCAUUCCUCGGCAAACCUGUACCAUCUCUGGUGAUCCUCACUACUACACUUUUGACUAUCAGGUUUUUCACUUUCAAGGGACCUGCACUUAUGUUCUAUCUGAGUCUUGUGGCAACAGUUUGCCAUACUAUCGCAUUGAGGGCAAAAAUGAGCAUCGGGGCAGCACGCAUGUGUCAUGGACACGAAUGGUCAGGGUGUUUGUCUACGAUGAAGUAAUUGAACUGGUCAAGGAUCACAAUUAUGAAGCAAGGGUUAAUGGAAGCUUUGCAGCAACACCAUUCACCCUUCACAAUGGCUCCAUCCAGGUUUAUCAGUCAGGUUUUUCCGUGGCCAUCAGCACAGACUUUGGUCUACUUGUUACAUAUGAUGCAUACAGCUACGUUAGCAUCUCUGUACCACAUGAUUAUUUUAAUUCCACAUGUGGUCUGUGUGGAAACUUUAACCUGCAUCCUGAAGAUGAUUUACGUUCACCCAGUGGUGAAGUCUUGAGCUCAGAUGUGGACUUUGCUAAUAGUUGGAAAGUAGACAGUGACACAGAUCCUGAGUGUCAUAAUGUCAGGUGCACAGGUCUUGCUUGUGCUGUUUGUACCUCAGAUGAAAUGGCUUUAUACAGUGACAGCAACCACUGUGGAAUCCUGGAAGAUGUUUUUGGCCCUUUUGCCAAUUGCCACUCUGUGCAUGCGCCACAGACCUACAAAGAGAACUGUGUGUAUGACCUUUGCUUGGGAGGAGGGUACCAGCCCAUUCUGUGCCAGGCUCUCAAUGUGUACGCUACUCAGUGCCAACAGCAGGGUGUACAACUUGGUCAAUGGAGACAGCAGGGCUUCUGUGAAAUUCAAUGCCCUGAACACAGUCAUUUUGAGCCUCAAGGAACAGGCUGUCCUGCAACUUGCAGUUAUCCAUCUGCCCCAAUGAAUUGUCCCUUGCCCAGUCAGGAAAGCUGUAUCUGUGAUCCUGGGUACAUCCUGAGUGCUGGAGCGUGUGUGCCUGAAGCAAACUGUGGCUGCAGUUUUGAGGGUUUCUAUUACACAGAAGGACAGUCAGUGGUGUUGGAUGGUGACUGUGGGAGACAGUGUGUGUGCAGCAGCAUGUCGAUGACCUGCCAUCAGCACCAGUGUGGUCCAGCAGAGGUGUGUAGAGUCCAUGAUGGUGUGAGAGGCUGCAGACCCACCGGCUAUGCUACCUGCUCAGUUGAAGACCUCGGGUCAUAUCACACCUUCGAUGGACUAAGUUUCAGAUAUCAGGGAGCUUGCGGACUGACCCUUGCUAGGGUUAUGGGACCGUCCCUGCAACCACACUUUGCGUUGACGGUGGAGAAAGUACCCAGAGGCCUUCAAGACUUUUCCAGGUUCCUGAAAUUUGAGGCAGAAGGAAUUCAGGUCUCCAUCAAAUUGGGAGAGGGCAGCAAUGUAAAGGUGGAUGGACAGAUGGUUGGUCUGCCUGUCAGUGUCGGCUCUGGUCGAAUCCACAUUUAUCACAGCAGUGUGAGGGGUUUUGUCUUGGAAACAAACUUUGGGGUGACUGUCAGAGCCGACUGGCCACACAUUGUCCGAAUUACGGCACCAAGCACAUAUAGUGGCACACUUGGAGGUCUGUGUGGGAACUUUAAUGGAGACAUUGCAGAUGAGUUUUACACUCCAGAUGCAGUCCUGUUAAAUGACACUCAGCUGUUUGCGGACAGCUGGCGUGAUGGUUCCCUAUCAGCCCACUGCGAAGACCCAAAUGACAGCUGGGAACCAGGACAUUAUCAGAACAGCAGUCAGUUCAUUGAACAUUGUAGUAUCAUGACUAAGUAUGAUGGACCAUUUGCUGAGUGCAGCAGAGCAAUAGAUCCUCAGCAACGCAUUGCAGACUGUGUUCAGCUGCUGGAGCAGACACAAGGUGCCAGAGAGGCUCUAUGUGAGGCCCUGCGAGGUUACAUGCUACUUUGCCAACAGAAUGGCAUUGCAGUCGAAGAGUGGAGGAGUGCCACCCACUGUGAUCCAAGCUGUCCAGCUGAUACUCAUUAUGAAGUAUGUGGCACAUCCUGUCCUGCUUCCUGUCCCAGCCUCUCCUUCCCAUUUCAGUGCACAUUGCAGUGCCAGGAGGGAUGCCAGUGUAAUGAUGGUAAUGUGUUGAAUGGAGAUCGUUGUGUGCCUCCCGUGGGUUGUGGUUGCCUCCACUCUGGGCGUUAUCGGCAGGCUGGAGAGACGUUCUGGCAUGGUGAAGAGUGCCAGUACUUGUGUGUUUGUGAUGGAAUCACUGGAAAUGUUCAUUGCACACAAUCUUCUUGCAGUGAGGGGGAGGUCUGCCAUGUGUUGGAUGGCGAGUACGGCUGCCAUCCUCAGCCGCAUGCUCGUUGCUCUGCUUCAGGAGACCCCCACUACAUGUCUUUUGAUGGCACCUACUUUGACUUCCAGGGCACAUGCCGCUAUGUGCUAGCCACAGUAUGUAAUGACACUAAUGGCCUUCCGCACUUCCAAGUGGAUGCAAGGAAUGAGGCAUGGCAUGGACUCUCAGUAGCAAUUACUGUAGAAGUUUUUGUCAAUGUCUCUGGGCAUCUUGUGCACAUGUCACAAGACAUGAAUGGUCAUUCUACUGUUGAGGUUGAUGGAGAGACCAGAAACCUCCCAAUCCUGCUUGACUCUGGACGGGUGUCUGUGUACUCCAGUGCACAGUACAUAUUUGUAUCAACUAACUUUGGUUUGAGCGUGAGUUAUGGUGGUUCAUGGACAUUGAACAUCAUCAUACCAGCGAACUACAGUGGGGUUACGUGUGGCAUCUGUGGCAACUUCAACGGCCAGAGUAAUGAUGACUUCAUGACUCCUUCAGGUGCUCUGGUGCGCUCAGCAGACCAGUUUGGAGCAAGUUGGAAGGUCGAGGACGAGCUGCCAUGCAAUGAUGGGUGUGGAAACAAUUGUCCUUUGUGCCAGGAUCAGACAACUGCCCGUUCUGUGUGUGACAUCAUCAGGUCCAGUCAAGGCCCCUUUAGUUUCUGCCAUGUUUCUGUAGAUCCCCAAGCCUACUUUGAAGACUGUGUGUUCGAUGUGUGUCUUUCUGGAAACCGUAAUGAUGUCCUGUGUCGCUCAAUCCAAACCUAUGCAAUUGCCUGUCAAUCUAACAAUGUCGUUAUAUAUCCCUGGAGAGAAAUCGCAUCAUGUGUCAUAACCUGCCCAGAGAACAGCCACUAUGAGUUGUGUGGCACAGACUGUGGUCAUACUUGCUCCAGCAACAUUGAUGCUAGUUGUGAACACACAUUCUCAGAGGGAUGCUUCUGUGAUGAUGGGUUGGUGAGGAGUGGAGGACUCUGUGUAUCAGUGGAGCAAUGUGGCUGCUCGCAUCACGGAUUCUACUUUAAUGUUGGUGAACAAUUCCGAGAUGAAGAAUGUUCCCAACUCUGUGAAUGUUUUGCGCCAAAUGAUUUGCGCUGCUCUUAUUCAUCAUGCCCAUCAACAAUGGAGUGUACGGUCAGAAAUGGACUUCGUGGCUGUUAUGAAGAGAGCACUACACACAUUAUCACCACCUCAUCAACCCUUCCCUCAGAAGAGAGCACCACCUACAUGACCACCACCAGAUCAACUAUUCCCUCAAGAGACCCCUGUCAAGAGCUCAGCUGCACUGAGAUUGAACGGUGUGAAGAGAAACACGGUGUUUACGGCUGUUCCUGCAUGGAAAACCAUCACAGAUCUCAGCAUGACUCCUUUGAUUUCACUGAAACCUGUGAAAGCAGCUCUGGCUCCAUGUCUCUGUCUCGCUGUCAGCUUUUUGAGGCUGGUUUUCCUUCCGACAUCUUACACCUCAAUGACCCCAGCUGCAGAGGAACUGUCCAGAAUGGCAGAGUGGAGUUCUAUUUUGACAACAAUGAACACAUCUGUGGCACAAAUCUUGUGGCCAAUGGCACCCACUUCAUCUAUGAGAACUUUAUUGUGGGGGAGCCAAACUUAGUUGGGCAACUCAUCAGCAGGAAGAAAAUUCUGAAGCUUUCUUUCAGCUGUGUUUACUCACAAACCCAAACACUUUCCAUGGACAUCAACCCUCUGGAGAGCUCUUUGCACGUGAACCUUCCUGCUGGUCAAGGGACAUAUCGGGUCAGGAUGAUUCCAUAUCAGGAUGCUGAAUUCUCCAACCCCUUCGCUGGUAGUGUGAGCGCAGAGCUGAGCAAGCGGAUUUUUGUGGAAGUUCGUGUUGAUGGAGUCGACAGCCGUCAGUUUGCUUCAGUGAUCGACACAUGUUGGGCUACACCUGUGAACGAUCCUCAUUACCCUCUCCGCUGGGACCUAAUAGUUGACAGGUGUCCCAAUCCUAAUGAUGAUACAGUGCAGUUGCUGCAAAAUGGUGUUUCUACAUCCAGCCGUUUCUCCUUCGAGAUGUUUAUCUUCACUGCAGACUCCACCAAGGUUUACGUGCACUGCGCUAUUCACCUUUGCCUUCUGACAGACAAUCACUGCUCAGUGCACUGUGACUCUGAACACCAUAGAGUGGGUAGAUCUGUGGAUUUUCAUGACAGUAAUUCCAUAUCCAUUGGUCCAUUGAUAUGGUCUGACAGUAACAAAGAUUCACCGAUGCCACGACGAGUGCUAGCAUCCAGGGCUCCAUCUCUGUUGGAUGGAGACCCCUGUCAUGAGCUCAACUGCACUGAGAUUGAACGGUGUGAAGAGAAACAUGGUGUUUACGGCUGUUCCUGCAUGGAAAACCAUCACAGAUCUCUGAAUGACUCCUUUGAUUUAAUUGAAACCUGUGAAAGUAGCUCUGGCUCCAUGUCUCUGUCUCGCUGUCAGCUUUUUGAGGCUGGUUUUCCUUCCGACAUCUUACACCUCAAUGACCCCAACUGCAGAGGAACAGUCCAGAAUGGCAGAGUGGAGUUCUAUUUUGACAACAAUGAACACGUCUGUGGCACAAAUCUUGUGGCCAAUGGCACCCAUUUCAUCUAUAAGAACGUUAUUGUGGGAGAGACAAACUCAUCUGGACACCUCAUCAGCAGGGAAAUAAUUCUCAAGCUUCCUUUUAGCUGUGUUUACUUACAAACCCAAACAAUCUCCAUGAACAUCAACCCUCUGGAGAGUGCUGUGCACAUGACCCUUCCUGCUGGUCAAGGUACAUAUCGGGUCAGGAUGAUUCCAUAUCGGGAUGCUGAAUUCUCUCACCCCUUCGCUGGUAGUGUGAACGCAGAGCUGAAAGAACAGAUUUUUGUGGAAGUUCAUGCUGAUGGAGUUGACAGCCAUCAGUUUGCUUCAGUGAUUGACACAUGUUGGGCUACACCUGUGAACGAUCCUCAUUACCCUCUCCGCUGGGACCUCAUCACUAACAUGUGUCCCAGUCCAAAUGACAAAGUGGAGCUUCUGCAGAAUGGUGUUUCUACAUCCAGCCGUUUCUCCUUCAGCAUGUUUAUCUUUGUUUCAAACUCCACAAAGAUUUACCUGCACUGCGCAAUUCACCUUUGCCUUCUGACAGACAAUCACUGCUCAGUGCGCUGUGACUCUGAACACCAUCACAGAGAGGUCAGAUCUCUGGACUUCCGUGACAGUACUUCCUUAUCUGUGGGUCCUUUGAUGUGGUCUGAUGGUAACAAAGGUGUGCAGGUCUCAAACCAAGUGUGGGUGUCUAGGGCUCCAAGUCUGUAUUCUUCUAUGAUGAUAUUACUCAUUUCUAUGAUAAGUGUUCUUCUAGACUUUUCCAAUUAAAUAAACAUUUUAAGGACUCUCCCUGUAACCUGUGUUUGAUUAAUUCGGCACUGGUGACAUAUUCACUUUACUGUAUGUAAUCUGAACCUCAUGUUAACAAUUUCAGUUUGCAGACAUUGCUGAACUGUUUAUUCUGAUAAAUGUAACUAGUACUCUUAU